CCAGUGUGUCGUGUGGCUGAGCAGAAUCACACACAGCGCGCAGAACAGUGUAGUGUUGAGUGGAGUCAGUGCCGCUGCAUGAUUCAGUGCUGUCGAGAGGAAUGAGUAAACGGGGCGAUAGACUGACACAACAGUUGAAGAAAUACUAAGGACGUUUUCAUCCUCUUGGAUACCGGAUUUUUCGUUAAGUUCAUCUGUACUUAAACGCGAGGAUAUCACAAAACACGUCUCAGAGAAGAAGUGUGAAGCAGAUCUCUGAAAAACAUUUCUCUUGCCAUCAUCUGGAAGGGAGAGACAGUUACAGGUACAUUAUGGGGCAAGGAGAAGCUUCAGCAAGAGGCACAAGUAUGGAGGGGGACUGUCUUAGUUGCAUCAAGUACCUCAUGUUCAUCUUCAACUUCUUCAUUUUUCUUGGAGGUGGAUUCCUUCUCGGGGUGGGAAUCUGGGUGCUGGUGGAUCCGACAGGUUUCCGGGAGAUUGUGGCAGUCAACCCUCUCCUGUUUACAGGAGUCUAUGCAAUUUUGAUCAUGGGCGGGAUGCUGUUCCUACUGGGAUUUCUGGGCUGCUGCGGAGCCAUACGAGAAAAUAAAUGUCUUCUACUGUUUUUCUUCAUGCUCAUACUCAUCAUAUUUCUGGCAGAGCUGGCGAUGGCCAUUCUGGCAUUCAUUUUCCGGGAGCAUCUCACCAGAGAUUACUUCACCAAGGAGUUGAAAGCACAUUACCAAGGCACCAAUAGCACUGAUGUCUUCACCUCCACAUGGAAUGCCAUUAUGACCACAUUUGAUUGCUGUGGGGUGAACAGUGCUGAAGACUUCGAUGAUCAGAGCCUCUUCAGACUGGUGAACCACAGCAGACUAGUGCCAGAGGUUUGUUGCCAGAGGAACGAUCUGAUGAUGAGCAAGGAGGAGUGUCUCAAGGGAAUUAUGCCAAUCCGUAACAAGGGCUGUUAUUCAGCAGUGGUGGACUAUUUUGAGACAUACAUCUACAUGGCUGGAGCCCUUGCUAUUGUGGUGCUGACUAUUGAACUUUUUGCCAUGGUGUUUGCUAUGUGUUUGUUUAGGGGAAUCCAGUAAUCUUAACAUGCUGUACAUUAAGGACAUUUUGUGGAGGAAACACAUGGCAUGGAAGAAAUUUUUAAAUAAGAAGAAAACACUUAUAUAUUUGCCAUCUCUAUGUUGUGAUGUUGGAAUAUCUGAGAAUUGCCAAAAAUGUAUCGUACUUCACAGAUGGGACUUUGAGGUACCUGUGAAAAACAAAAGUAAAAGUCAUUCUUAAAUUAAUGGUGGGAUCUAUGGCAGUCCUUUAAGGUCAAUGGUGGACCUUGCACUGAUAUUUGGUUGAAUAUUUAUAGAUGACAAAAAGACUGAUUUGUACAAUAUGUUUUACCUUUUAUUUACAGCACAUUGUUCAGCACUGCUCCAGAACCAUGAUUAAAAUAAAACUACACUGUGUGAAUGGGAUAGUGUGUCUGUGAAGAAGGGAAGAUUGGUCUCUCUGUGUGUGUGCUUAUGUUUCUGUUUAAAAUUCGAGAGGCCAGCAGCUUCUUAUGUUAUGUUUUAUGAGUUGCAACUGUGGAUAUUUUAUGUUUUUAGCAAAACUGUGCUGUAUUUGUGUUGUAUCUAUUGUACACAUGACACUGAAUUAUAUAUGUAUAUACAGUUUUAUGCAAAAGUUUGGGCACCCCUCUGAGGCUGCAUAAUAAUUAGCUCUUUCUUUAUAAGAAAAUAUUAUAGUGAUAUGCCAUUUAGUUUCUAAUUGCUAAUUGUGCUUUUCCUUGAUUCUCUACUGAAAAGUAGCAACAUGGGAACCUCAAAAGAACUCCCUAAUGAGCUAAAAACUAGGAUUAUUUGUCAAUAUGAAUUCGGAGAAGGAUACAAAAAUUUUCACAAAGGUUUAAGGUCUCUGUCUCCACAGUCAGAAAUAUAGUUAGAAAAUGGAAGGCCACGGGAACAGUCCUUGUCAAGGAGAGAUGUGGUUGAACAAUGUUCAAGAAUCCGUCAAGAGGUUGAAGUUACACCGGGGUUGGUUGUUUCAGCAGGACAAUGACCUAAAGCAUCCAAAUCUACCAAGGAAUUAAUGCACAGGCACAGAUACAAUGUUCUAGAAUGGCCAUCACAGUCCCCAGACUUGAAUACUAUCAAACAUCUAUGGAUUGUCUUGAAGCAGGCAGCCAUCAAACCAACAGACAUUUUGCAAGGAAGAAUAGUCAAAAUACCUGAUUCAGGGACUUAUCAAUGGCUAUAAGAAAUGUCCACAGGCUGUUAUUUCAGCAAAAGGUGGCUCUACUAAAUAAUGAUGUGAUUAUUCCAUUGGGGUGCCCAAAUUUUUGCACCUGUCUGUAUUUGUUGUGAAUCACAUUGCAUUGUUUCUGUUGAUUGAAUAAAUGUUAUUUAAGAAUUUAAAUGUUAAUGUAUCCAUAAGGUAUAAAUUAUAUCCAAAUGAAGUUGCAGCUUCGAUUAUAAAUUGAAAUUAUGAAUAUUAUCAGGGUUGCCAAACUUUUGCAUAAAACUGUGUGUGUGUG